ACUAUAUGGAUGUGGUUAUUGUGGUGUGUGUGUGUGUAUAUAUAUAUAUAUAUCUCGAUUAUAAGCUAGUGUAUGUGAAGUUGAGCUAAUUCUUAGUUGUGGGUAAGAAUAGAAUGGGCAGAAAGUGCUCACAUUGUGGAAAUACAGGUCACAAUUCAAGGACCUGCACCAAUUACAGAUCAGCUGGUACUAGUAGUAGUAGUGUUGUUGGUGGAAUGAAGCUUUUUGGAGUUCAACUUGACAUGUUGAUAUUUUCUUCUUCUUCUUAUAAUAAUAAUAUUAAUAAUAAUAAUAAUAAUAUGAUAUAUAAUAUUAAUGCCAUCAAGAAGAGUUUGAGCAUGGAUUGCCUAUCUUCUUCAUUAGCUGCAGCCUCGUCUACAUCUUCUCCAGCAUCUUCAUCAGUACUGUCCUCACCACCACUUUCCAUCAAUGAAAAUUCUGAACUUCAUCAUCAUCAUAACAAGGCUUCUUCUAUUAAUGGUUAUCUCUCUGAUGGUCUCUUCGUCGGCCGAACCGCCCUAGAGAGGAAGAAGGGAGUUCCAUGGACUGAGGAAGAGCACCGGACAUUUCUAGCCGGACUUGAAAAGCUCGGCAAGGGCGAUUGGAGGGGGAUUUCAAGAAACUUUGUGACCACAAGGACUCCAACCCAAGUUGCCAGUCAUGCUCAGAAGUACUUUCUCCGGCAGACCAGCCUCGACAAGAAGAAGCGACGGUCAAGCCUCUUUGACAUGGUUAGGAGCAGCAACAAGGCAUAUGAUCAACCUCGUGUUAACAUUUCUAAUCCCAAGCCACCAAGCGAUCAAGUUCAUGCUCAAUUUCUUAGCACAAAAAGCUCAUAUCAUGAUACCACUAUGCCUCUAAUGGACCUCAAUUGCUCUGGAUCACAAGAUGUUGAAUCAAAUAUUAAUCAAGAAAGUGGUCACUCUCAACUGUCUUGGCGCGGUCAUGGCAUGCCUGUUUGGCUACAUGGAUCAAUUGAUUCACAACCGGAAUUGAAAUCUUCUACCACAACAAUGUCAAGAAAGUCCAUUUCUCCAAAUGCAGCUCCUGACCUAGAGCUCACACUUGCUGCUCCAAGGCCAACUGAUCAAAGUAAAUCAUCUUCCAAUCGCCUCCUAAUCGGUCCCAUUAGUGUCGUCUGACUCAUUGUUGGAAGAGGAACCACAUAAAUUAAGCCUAGCUUCAUGACCAGAUUAGAAAAAAAAGUAGUAGUAUUAUUCAGGUAUUAGUAGUACAGUCAGUAUGUUGUCUAGUGGAUUAUAAAAAAUAAAAAAAAAAUGAAUGAACAAAUAUGUUGAUAAAUCUUAAUGGAUCGAAGUAGCAAUCAGUAUUUUUAUAAAUUUGAUCACCGGUUUCUUUUAUGGUUCA